GAAAGAAGGAAGAGAGCAAUAAGAGAGAAGAGGAAGGAGGAGGAAGGAAGCGAGCGAAGGAGAGAAGAGGAGGAAGGAGGAAGGAAGCGAGCGAAGGAGAGAAGAGGAGGGAGGAGGAAGGAAGCGAGCGGGGGAGCGCAGGCCCUCGGGAGGGAGCCUCGGGCAGCGCACCAUGAUGCCGGAACUCCGCUCGUGCCGCUACGAAACCCGCUACUCGGGCAGCCUCUCGCCCGACGCCCGCCCCCACUCCGUCUCGCCCAGCUACCCCGCCCACACGCACGCCCACUCCCACGCCCACCACUACUCGCCCUCGCACGACCAUGCCCGCCCGUCGUCCGCCGACCUGGCCGCCCCCUUCCUCACGCAGCAGCACGCCCACCACGCCCACCACGCCCACCACUCCGACAAGUACGACAUCAAGUGCGAGGACGACUUUCUGGACGACGAGGACGACCCGCACGUGCCGCACGUCCUGGCGCCGGCCUCGAACGCCCCCGGACACGCGCACGCCCGCACCUGCCUGCUGUGGGCGUGCAAAGCGUGCAAGCGAAAGAGCGUGGCGGUCGACCGACGGAAAGCGGCCACCAUGAGGGAGAGACGGAGGCUAAGAAAGGU